AUGGAUGGAGCACCUCAAAAUGGUGGAGAACGCAUCGUUGUAAUCAACGAUGAAAAUGUUAAACAUAUCCAUAAGAUUCAAGAUAACGGAAUUCAUGGUCUUCCCCGACGAGUAAUCGUAAAUAAGGUUCCAUCUCUCUCCCUCCCUGUGAUUAAGGUGGUUGAAGAGCUAAUACUGCUAGGAACAUCAACAUGUCCAGUAGCAACAACCACCUUCCUUCUGUUUUCAAAGUCUAUAAUCUCAAUGCUCUUCUUAAGCCACAUGGGAAAAUCUGAACUAGCAGGAGUUGUUCUAGCCAUUGGUGUUGUAAACCUCACUUGUGUGUCGAUCAUGAAAGGACUAUGCAUGGGCAUGGAUCCCAUUUGUUUUCAAGCCUACGGAGCCAAGCGAUUCGCAGUCCUUAGCCAAACAUACAUCAAAACCUUCAUCCUACUCUUGUUUAUUUGCAUCCCCAUCACAUUCCUCUGGCUAAACAUCGAGCCUGUUUUACAUGGGCUUGGUCAAGACCACAGUAUCACAAAGGUUGCAGCCACAUACUUACUCUUUUGUCUACCAGAAAUCCCGGCCCUGGCUCACCUCUUCCCGUUGCGUUCUUUCUUGAGGGCACAAGGAUUAAACUCACCAACAACCAUUGUUGCAACUUGUGCCACAAUCCUACACCUCCCUAUUAACUACUUUCUUGUUAGUUAUUUAAAACUUGGAAUUAAGGGCGUUGCAUUGGCUUCAACAUCAUUUACUUAUAACAUGAAUGUUGGGUUAGCACUCUAUGUUUACAAGUCAAAUGUUGCCAUCAAGCCUUCAAUAACCAAGACCAUCAUGGCAUCAGUUUUUAAAGGUUGGGGGCCAUUGUUGAGCUUAUCAAUCCCUUGUGUGUGUUCAGUCUGUUUGGAGUGGUGGUUGUAUGAAAUCAUCCUUUUUCUUAGCGGAUUGUUAGCAAAUCCUCAAUCCUGCGUAGCAGCGACGGGAAUUAUAAUGCAACUAACUGGCCUAGUCUAUGUGAUGCCCUUCUCAUUGAGUUUAAGUAUAUCACAACGCGUAGGGCACGAAUUAGGAGGAGGGCAACCAGCUCGUGCCCAAUGGGCUGCAACGAUUGGGAUAUCGACCGCAUUUAUAUAUGGGCUUGUAAUAUUUGCACUAUAUGUUACUUUAAGAAAUGUUCUUGGAAUGUUGUACACUAAUGAACCCGACAUCCUGAUCAUGCUUUCGUCUGCCCUACCAAUCCUAGGGCUCGCUGAAGUCGGAAACGCCCUACAAACGGCUGCUUGUGGUGUUUUGACUGGUUCAGCCAGACCAAAAGUAGGGGUUAAGAUAAAUAUUGCUGCGUUCUACCUUGUAGGGCUUCCUAUGUCAGUUGUGUUGGCGUUCGUGUUCAAGCUCGAUUAUCAAGGAUUAUGGCUAGGGAUGGUUGCAUCACAGGCUGCUUGUGCAUUGUUAAUGGUGUGUACAUUGAUCAAAACAGAUUGGAGGGAUCAAGCUAAGAGAGCUGAGGAGCUAACUUUGACUGUGAAUAAGGAUGAUAUGGAGUCGGUAGAACUUGUCCCUUGAUAUGUUAUAGUUCUAUUGUUUUACUCCUUUCUUUGCUUGGUUAUCUUUUACUUUUCU